GAGGAUUUAAGUCCAAAUAACAAAAAAGAAAAAAUUAGAAUAUUAUAAAAUAAAAUUGGCCAAGGAAAAAAAAAUAUCUAUAAAAAUUCCCUUUACUUUUUUUAUACACCCAAGGGCCAAGUCCCAACCAUAGUCACGGGUCUCAAACACACGUGACACACCCCGUUCCAAGACCCUCCCGCUCUCUCUCCCCUCGACGUCGUUUCGAUUUCCGUGUGAUUCUCACGCGCAAACUCCAUCUGUUCAUAAGAAAAAAAUAAAAAAUAAAAAUAACGCCUGUUUGAAGAGAGAGAAAGAGAGAGAAAGAAAGAGAGAUUACGCCAACAACGGGUAAGGUGGCAGCAGCGGAGAUGAAGAAGAAGAGAGGACGACCUUCUGUCUUAGAUCUCCAAAAACGCAUUCUCAAUCAACAAAAACAAACCCUAAUCACUUCCAAACCUAAUUUCAACAGCAACCCUAGCAGCCGUCGAUCCACUCGUCGGAACCCUAACUUCGACGACGGAACCUCUCCGUCGCCGGACUUCAUUGAGGCCGACGGAGACGAUGACGACGAGCGCAAAGAGAAGAAGGUCAAGCUCGUCGUCCGUUUGCCCCCUUCCAAUCAACAUUUUCAUCAGCCUGGAUCCUCCGCCAAUUCUCUAUCCCUCUCCCUCAAUUCGGCUUCUUACGCUUCUGAUUCCAAUGCCGAUGCUGAAAAUCGCGCCAAGAAACGGAGGAUCAAUGCCGUCGGUGACGGAUCUGGUGAAAUCGCUACUGAUCAGGGUCAAAAGCUUUCUGAAUCAAUGAAAUCUAUACAUGGGAUGCCAAUGGAGUCGGGCCCCACAACACCUUUGCCAGACAAAAAGUUGGUUCUGUUCAUCCUUGACAGGCUUCAAAAGAAGGACACUUAUGGGGUAUUCUCAGAGCCUGUAGAUCCAGAUGAGCUUCCUGAUUACCAUGAAAUUAUAGAGCAUCCAAUGGAUUUUGGGACUGUGAGGCAGAAAUUAAAUGAGGGACUUUAUUCCAACCUAGAGGAUUUUGAGGCUGACAUUCUCUUGAUAUGUUCAAAUGCAAUGCAGUAUAAUGCUCCAGACACUGUUUACUUUCGACAGGCCCGGUCCAUACAUGAGCUUGCAAAGAGGGACUUUGAAAAUUUGAAACAAGUUAGUGAUGAUGGUGAACCACGACCAAUAGUUGUGAGGAGAGGCAGGCCACCAAGCAAGAACUUGGAAAAGUCUGUGGGCAGACCCCCCCUUGAGCGUUUUGGUCCUGAGAUUUCCUCAGAUGCAACUGUUGCUACUGGAGGAGAUAAUGCCAUUGGGUCCAACUCUUACAAUCUAAAUAGAGGACCUAUGGAUGCACUGGUCAGAGAUUUCCACCGGUCACGCCAUAAUGAAACUUACACCCACUCAUUGUCUGAAUGGAAUGAUGAAUUUCCAGCUUCCAUUUUGAGGGCCGAGGUGAAACAUGGGAAGAAACAAUUUAUAUCAGAUGAGAACAGGCGUGCCACCUACAAGCAAUUCCAUCCUUCUUCUUUUGGUCAUAAUCCCUCUGUAUUGACUACCCUCAAUGGACAUGACAAACAAUUGAUUGGAGUAGGUCUACAAUAUGAGCAUGGUUAUGCAAGAAGCCUAGCAAAAUUUGCUUCAAAUCUUGGUCCUGCUGUUUGGAAAAUUGCUUUGAAGAAAAUUGAGCGUGUUCUGCCUACUGGACUCAAGUUUGGUCCUGGAUGGGUGGGAGUAAAUGAGUCAUCACAACGGCCCGAAUCUUUAUCAUUUGAGAAGCAGAAUUUUUUAAGCAACUCAUGCAACGAUGGCCGUCCAAGCAGACCCGUAACACCAUCUACUUUUGGCUUAAAUUCUACUGGUAAAUACUGUUCUUCUUCGCCUGGUAAAGACAAUAUGGUUAUAGGUGUUGGUGGACAAAUUUUGCAAAAUGAGUUGGCUGUAGUGAAGAACUCAUUCAGCGAUGGCCGUCCAAGCAGACCCGUAACUCCAUCUACCCCUGGCUUAAAUUCUGUUGGCACAUACAAGUCUUCUUCGCCUGGUAAAGACAAUAUGGUUAUAGGUGUUGGUGGACUAAAUUUGCAAAAUGAGUUUGCUGUAGUGAAGACUGGUGUAGAUGGGGUAAGACCUACACGUUCGUUCCAGACUCAGCUAAAAGUACUUCACCCAGAUAGGAAUGGUUUAAAUGUUGGCUCUGGUUAUAGUCUUUCAUCUCAAACGGGGAUGACAGGAUUAGGAAGGCCCACUGGACAGUCUGGAAUGGAAGAAGCUUCAGUGCCUUCUCAAAUGUUUGGCUUGGUUUCUAGGGGAGAUAAUUUUUCGACUCUUCCAAUGGCUGAAAAUCAUAUAAUUUCAGAAGAGCCCAAGUUGCCAGGAAAUUCUAGAAGUAUUCAUUUUGGAAAUGUAUCAGCCCCAGGUAGCAGUCCUGAUUCUCACACACCACCUGAAGUGGGAUUUUCUAGGAAAUCCCCUUGGCAGGGAUUGUCACCUCACCAUAGACCUUAUUCUCUUCCAGUUCCACCUGACCUGAAUGUCAGAUUCCAGUCUCCUGGCUCGCCUAGUUCUAGUCUUGGUAUUGGUUCACCCCAGCAGCCAGAUUAGCAUUGGAGCUCGUCGUGCGUAUUGGCCUUGGCUAAAUCAUAUUCACCUCAUCCAAGCAGGUCCACUGCCAUGGCAACUCACUCUCAUAGUGGAAGUAGUUAUGCUGUUGGAGAUUUGAUGGCAAAUUGGAGUGGACUAAAAGGGAGAUGGGUGUUAGAUAGGUGGCGGUGGAUUAGGAUACUUUGUUGUAUCCAACAUGGACGACGACGACGACGACGACAACGGUGGUGGGUUUACUGGGUAGAGUUCUACUCUUUGAUUUGUUCGGACAAUUAAUUCCUAAUUCCGUUGGGUCCUGUGAUUUCAGCGUUGUAUUUAGUAGGGGACAGACAGGCAUUGUAUUUAUCCCGUAAUGGUGGCGGGUCAAUUUAGCGGUAAUAUACAAAUUUUUUUUCUUA